AUGAUCUUCCGUGCCAUUUCAUACACUAUACGAUGGUUCCCAUCGCUGUCUUCCGUCAUGUGGUGGACAAAGUUCGUAGACACUAAAGGCGAUCGACGUGUUGCAACUUUCAAUCACAUGGGUGACUGGAUCUACAUGGUGGUUAUUCCAAACGCAUUUUUCAUAGCACACACGGUGCUCUACUUUGUAAUCGUGCAUAUGAUAAUCAAGCCGGACGAAAAGUACAAUGACAACUAUCGGUACCUUCGUUCUAAAUACUUCCUGAAGUGGAAUGCUUAUCAGCACCUCAAGCCCAGGGUUCAAAUUAUGCUCUGGAUGAUCCUCAACAUUGUUUUCAACCUCCUGCUCACAUUCGUUUCGUGCCUCGCCUGGUGCAGCUUCUUUUUCCAUUCUCUGAUGAUGAUAGCAAUGGUGAUUAUCAUGUCGUGGUACGGAGCCUGCUACUACCUUGACUACUUCGCCUACCUAGCCCUGAGGAAAGCCGUCCAAAAGCCUGAAUCGCCCUCCAUCAAUGAGGUAAAGGAAUCCGUCAAAGCCGAUGAUAUUGAAGAGGGCAUGGAUUCGGACGUCGAAGCUGAUGACGACAUGAAACGCAAUCUUGAACUUUCUCUACAGGACUCUGAUUCAGAUUUUGAUGUGUAA